GUUCACAUUGCUUUUGACAAGAGUCCAGUCAGCAUCCCUUUCACUCUACCGUAAUUUCACAUGCACCUUCGAAAGCUGUCAUAUUUCAUAAGUUCAAUGCUAGCGUCCUCUUCGGGUGAGGAUGUUUGGCGGAUGAACUGGAUACAGGCGGCUGUUCUUCGGUAUCGUUUCUGAGUUUCACCGAGCUUGGCUCCACAGAUUCUGGGCUACACAAACGGCUCGCGGAGCGGGGAGUAAACCCAUCCCGAGCUUCUCAUCCGUGUUUAGCGUUUCCUAAACUUGGGGCUGGAAACGGCGCAAACCUCAAGUGUUUAAAAAAAUAAAAUGCAGGUUACGUCUGUCUUUAAGCUCUAUAAAAUAUAUUUUGGCUACGACGGCUUGUCAAUCGACCCCCUUCGCGGGCUUCAAUUUUCAGGGACAGCUUUCAACAUGUUCAUGUAUAUCACCAACUUUGUGCUAUUGUGCUUGUUCACUCCAGCAGUGGCGAUACCUGCGGAACGUGCGAUCGCUUGUCAAUCGCGCACAGCGCGGGGUCUGCAAGGACGUGCUACUGUCAUUUCAGACGGGACCAGUUUCAGGUCAGGCACUCUUACCACUGGGCUUGUUGGUCUCAAAUGGCAGGCCACUGGUGCUUUAUAUCAAGGCGGAUGCUCUGCUGGACUUCAGAAUAUUAACACCUGCUACGAAAUGACGUUAUCGUCCGACCCGAACGCGCAAUUGGAACCCGAUGCUGGGAGUCCUCGUCAACGCGUCGAGUUCCUCAAUAGUCGCGUAGAUAAUGGAACAUACCGGUACACCUGGCGGUCCUAUUUCAAUGCCUAUAAUACUGGGGGGACCCGUUUCUUCCACACAAUGCAAAUAUUCAGCGCCACUUACGGGGGUCCAGUUUACUUUACCAAUUUGCUCGUACAGGGGUUCCAGUUCCAAGACGCGGUGACCAACGAGGUACUUGCCUCAAUCCCCGUUAGCGACAUUCUCUGCAGGCCGCUGCAACACACUAUCGACAUCACAUAUGGCCAGAACGGGAGGAUCAAUUAUGUCAUUACUGAUUCCACUACUGGCACAAUUGUCAUGAGUUACCGAAGUGGGCAGAGAUCGGUCGGAACAGGGGCAAACUAUCUUAAGUUCGGGCUUUAUCGGGGGACUUGGAGUGGUAUGCCUAGCCUAAAGGCUUGGUAUGGGGAUUACACGGGAAGACAGGUGGCAUAAACCGAUGGGUCCCGUAGACAAUGAUACUUUAUGUGUUGCUGCUUUUGGUAUCAGGGACUCACCUCGAUUUAUA